AUGGCUAGCAAUGGAUCGGAUGUCGCAGAACGAGCAGACAUACACAAAUCUUGCAAGUCCAUCGAAACGCUGCUCAACCUGCUCAAUGAAUAUUGUGAAGCAGCAGGAGUGGUAGCUAACCUGCAGAGAAAGCUUGCUAAAGCACUACGGGAAGCAGCAGGGGUCAAAGUCACCAAGUAUAUUCCUGCACCCUCAGCCAACACUAUGAACACCAGUGCAACAAUAUUCGAGGCACUGUCGGACAUUGACGCCAAGUUCGCCAAAAUCGCGGACAAGGAGUACGACUCAAUCAGUACCGAGGUCAAGAAAUGGUUCAAGAAACUCUCUGUGUAUGAGAAGAAGUCGAAGAAGAAAGCGACAGAUGUCACUGAAGAGCAUGCCCGUUAUAUCAACUUGAUAAGUACGCUGGGACCAGAAAUAUCACAGGAGAAAUACAACCAUGCAUUGAAUGUUACGCAGGGGCACAUGACAACGACGUUUAGCGUUGCUGCCUGCCUUUCGCGCCUCGCAGAUGCAGAGUGGCUCAGAGUAUGCGAGGGUGUCCGUCGGGUUUCGCCUACCGUCGGACCAUUGGGACAGUGGCGAGCUUUGUGCGAAGGAGGCUGGACAGGGCCUGUCCCGCCUCCGCUUGUUCCCGAUGAGGUGCAACCCCUACAAGUAGAUCCAGAACCUACCGAUGUGCGGCAAGUUCAAGAGGAGCAAAGAUUGACAUCACCAUCUUCAAGUUCAGAAGCUAGACCGUCUCGCGAGUCAGUAGAACAAAGUCGUGGUGAAUAUCGGUCUCCAGAAACAGAAAUGCUUCAGCAUGACCAGUUGUCCUCCUCACGCGGGGCCAUUCAUGCUUCGACAUCUUCGUAUGGCGUAAUUAAUGCGUCUCAUUCGCCUCAGCCUCCCAUGUCUCCACCCGAUACUUUACGAUUGCCCUAUGCGGAAGCAAACUCAGGCUCUGUUCGCUCUCUAUCCGCGUUCCCCUCACCUCCGACCCACUUUCCACUUCCCCCUCCUCGGCAGCAGCAGCAGCCCUUAAACCUCUCCCACUCUUCUUCAUCAAAUAUUAACUUCCCAUCUGUAUUGUCAGAGUCUCCCAUUUCUGCGAAUGAAGUUUUGACUGGACGCUUGGAAGUGGAACAACAUUCCUCCAAUUCUUCAUUGCAGCCGAACCGGAGUGCACAAUCUGCUCCUUCCUCUGCACCGUCUUCUCCUGAGGAAAGAUUCCGGGGAAGACCAGUGGACACCCCAUCUGGAGGAGUAACGCCUGCUAGCUUCCAAGAGGACACCUCAAACCGACCUUCACCAGCACGGGCUGAGGACUCUUUUCAGACGGCAGCCUCAUAUCAACGGGAGGUUGAGAGGGUUUCUCCUCCCGUUCCACCAGAGAGAUCCCCUCCAGUGGGAAAUAUUUCAACUUCGAGGGGUGACUACUUCAAUGAGGGUCGUGAAUUUGGCGUCGAAAAGAGAUUCGCGCCAUCAGACAAGGUGAGGACGGUUGACGGUCAGAAGAAAGUGGAACGGACAGACGGAGGUACCAGCGGUAGCCUUGUUGCUGAAAUGCGCAAUCGUUAUUCAAGUAAUUCAGGAUCAACAUCACCACCCCCAAGAAACUUGCCUCGUCCUCCCUUGAGUGUUUCCGAUCUAGCUUCUAGAUAUCAACCUGGAGAUGCGCCGAUAUCCCCUCGAGCUAGAGCAGUUUCCCCACCUGUCUUACGGCAGCUGUCCCUUCCUCCCCCAGAAACCGCUUAUCAAUCACCAGACCAACCAGACCGCUUUAUUAAUGGACAUCGUACUGGACUUUCGAUUUCUGGGUCAAGUCAAACACCAACACCUGAAGACCGUCGACGCCAGCGAAUCGAUGACCUUGCGAGCCUGGAGCUGGCGGAGAAAGAGCGCGAAUUGAGACAAAGAGAAUAUGAUAUUGAGAUGCGCUCAAGGGAACUGGAGCGAGACCGUGCUCGACUGCUGAGCAUCCGAGAGGGUGGUGAUGAUGGCGAAAGGACCUCACAGUCAGCGCAUAACAGCGCACUACGUCCUCGUGAACGUAGGACUUCCUUGCGACAACAGCUUCAGCGUCCGCUUUCUCAGAUGGAACUGGAAGCGGUCAAUGAACCCGUUCAACCCCUCCGUCCAAGGUCCCAACUCUCUCCGAACCGAGUGCAUGCUGCUCCCUCACUAUCAUCCUCGAACGGGCAAAAUUCUCCCCAAGCCACUCAGGAACAACGAUAUGACCAACGGAGCAGCACAAGCACCAUGGACAGCAAUACUACCGCAUCGACUUCUCAACACGCACCCUACUGCGGCUGCAGCACGUGCUCCAUAGCAAAGUACAAAACCUCGACGACUCCAACAACAAAUGCUUCGAAACUGAACGAGAAAUCCUCCAAUAACAGUCUGAAACCCCCUUCAGAAAAACCCAAGAGUAGUUGGAUGAGACGACUGAGUAUGCCGGUGUCAGUAGGGAACGCGUUCAACCUCGACUCGAAACGGAAUAUUAGUGGUGGGAACUAUGGAUUAGGAAGUGGGGUUAGUAACACUAUUGAUGGAGGUGGAAGGGGUUUGUUCUCUCAGAAGAAUACAAGUGCGACGGCGUUGGGGUCGCCUCUGGACGGAGGUUUGGAUCGGGUAGAGGAAGAUGGGAGGCUUGGUCGUGGAAAUGCCGGAGCACUGGGAGGUGGACGGAGGAGUUAUGAUCUUCAUGGACCCAGCAAUCGGAGCAUGACGAAUCUUGGGAUGACUGGACGACGAUGAUGACUUUCUCUUUGGGGUUUUUAUACCAUAUGUAACUAUGACCUGUAUUUUAUGCUCUUUCUGCGGCGAUACCCCUCUUCUGUAAUAAAUAGUAAAUAUAUUAUACAACGUGCAGUGCGACAUCUCUCAAGAGUCCUUCAAGUUGGACUGUAGUGGAUUGCGUUUGUUCAAGGCAGAAACUGAUCGAUGAUCGUUGAAUCAAUGAAUGUCGCAGCAAAAUGCCGCCGACACGGGAUGAUCAACGAAGAAAAAAAUGGUUGGUACGUAGUAUGCGCUGUAUUGUGGAGGGGUGACUGAGGUUGGGUUAUGGACGUUGUUUUAGAACGAUGGGGUUAAAAUGCGAUGACAAAACAUGUUGAUGAUGAUGCAAGAGAGUUAAAAAGUAAAAAAUUGAGAGAAAAAGGCGGGGAUAAUGUAUGUAAAUGUGUGGGGUAAAGAAGAAAAGUGUCAAAAAAGAUCCGGUGCGUAGAAGACGAAGAAGAACAGGGUGGAAGAGGAUGGUGAAAAGGGGUGUACGAUGGAAGGGGCAUAAGGGAGGUAAGUGGCGUGCAUAACUGCAGAGAGCUUCACAUUUUUCAUGCCUUAGACAGAGACUAGCGAGACCUGGCCUUCCUUCGACAGGAGAGGGCCUGAAGGCGGGAUGCCCUGGUCGUCGGGGACCUUCGUGGCGUCGGUAGUCUAUGAUGGGAUGUAAACAGGUAUCAUCGGGUCAAUCUGGUAUGUAGGGCUUGGACCUCCAAUCAUGCACGGUCAAGUGUCGUCAACUACCGUUUAAGAUAGGCCCCAAGCAGUAGAAGGUUCAAGGACCAAGUUCAUUGAGCUCCUUUGUG